AUGAAGGUGGUUAAACUGAAGCACAGAGCUCCUGUGGCUAGUGAUCAAUGGAAACCCCGCACAGAAGCCCCCCCAACAAAACACCUGAUCAGUGCCCAAACUCACACCACAAGGAAGAUUUACUGCCCAGUGAAUGAUUAUCCAGAGGAGAAGAUAGAAAGGCCUCACUCAGGUCUUCCUGGUGGUUCAGACAGUAAAGCGUCUGCCUGCAAUGCAGGAGACCUGGGUUUGAUCCCUGGGUUGGGAAGAUCCCCUGGAAAAGGAAAUGGCAACCCACUCCAGUACUCUUGCCUGGAAAAUCCCAUGGACGGAGGAGCCUGGUAG